AUGUCUCACCACAGCGACGAGCAGGCGCUCCUCACGGUCGCCUCCGACUCUUUCUGGGAGCCUGGUAAUUAUAAACGGACCACACGACGAAUUGACGAUGGACACCGGCUCUGUGGUGAACUACAGGCCCUUGUGCAGGAGAGAGCAGAUAUUGAGAAAACAUACGCCAAAAGUUUGAGAGGAUGGGCGAAGAAAUGGAACGACCUCAUCGAGAAAGGCCCCGAAUAUGGCACAAUGGAAGCUGCGUGGAAAGGAGGUAUGGUUGAAGCGGAGCGUCUCUCAGAUCUACACCUGAGCGUCCGCGACCGGCUCGUCAAUGACGUCAUGGCGCAAAUCAAGAACUGGCAGAAAGACACCUAUCAUAAGUCCAUGAUCCAGCUAAAAGAACGAAAAGAAAUGGACGAAGCUUUCAAGAAGGCACAGAAACCCUGGGCGAAGUUACUGCAAAAGGUGGAACGCACACGAUUGGAGUACCACACUGCUUGCAAACAGGAAAGAACAGCACAGAACCAGGAAAGGAAUGCCAGUGGAGACAGCUCGCUUAGUCCAGAUCAGGGAGAGAACUCCAAGCGAGGACACGAGGUAAAGAAAAUGGCGGAACGGGUGGCCAAAUGUCGCGAAGAAGUUGCGAAAAGUAGAGAAAAGUAUCAAUCGGCACUGGCAGAGAUCACGGCAUACAACCCUCGCUACAUUGAAGAUAUGACCGGAGUCUUCGAGCGCUGCCAACAGAUGGAGGCACAGAGGCUCAAAUUCUUCAAAGACGUUCUCUUCAGCUUCCACAAGUGCCUCAAUAUCAGUCAAGAACCUUCAUUACCCCAAAUCUACGAAGAAUUCCACCAUACGAUAAACAACGCAGACAGUCAGAAGGACCUGAAGUGGUGGGCCAACAACCAUGGCAUCAACAUGGCAAUGGCCUGGCCACAGUUCGAGGAGUACACUGAGGAGUUCCGGGACAUCGCGAAGGGCAAGUCCAAGGAGAGCCUGCCUACUGGGCCCAUCACACUGCUCAACCAACGACCCGUCAGCGAAGAUGAACUGCCACCGAUCAACAACACGAACAACAAAACGAGCAAGGCUGCCAACCACACGGACGCUGCGCCGGCGCAGACAACAGUCGUCAACAACACCGCCAGCGCUAACAACACUAUUGAUAAAAAGAGCAUCAGUGCGCCUAUUGCUGUUACCAAUGGUACAGCAGCAGCGCCUAAAUCGAACAAGACAUCGCCGGCUAAGGACAGCACUAAAGGACAGGAGAACCCGUUCGACGAGGACGAGUGGGACGAGGAGUCGGGCGGAGCACUCACUGACACGGGCGAGCCGGGCGUACCGGUGCGAGCGUUGUACGACUACACCGGCGCGGAGAGCGACGAACUCAGCUUCAGACAAGGGGACUUAUUCGAAAAAUUAGAAGACGAAGAUGAACAGGGCUGGUGCAAGGGUCGCAAGGACGGUCGAGUGGGCCUGUACCCGGCCAACUACGUGGAGCCAGUGGGCCACUAG